AUGGGUGAGAUUCUUGGUAUUGUCGCGAGCGGAAUCGCGGUAGCUCAGCUUGCCCAGGCCACGGGAAGUGUUGUUCUAAAGCUCAAGCAGCUCUGGAACGAAGUCGAAAAUACCGGGAACACUAUACAUGACCUGAUGGAUCAAAUUGACUGCCUUGAUCCUGCGUUGUGGGAGGCAGAGCAAAUAUUCAAUCAGAAUAUUCUUCCUUCCCAUGUCUGGGAUGAUACAGCGGCAAAGAAUAGCGCCAGAUAUUGCCGUAUUGCUCUACUGAAGUUAACAGGCAUCGUAACCGAUUUAUCCGCCGAGAUAGACUCGGCAAAGCGACGCCAGAAGAGUAUCGGCAUCAUGAAGGUUCUCCUGAAAAGGAAGCAAUUGGGAGCUAUAGAGAAUAGAUUGGCAAACGCUGUGAGAAUUCUACAGGUAGCGCAAAGUGGCUACUUAAUUGCGCUGAACAGGGUGCAGCCCGACCUCAUAGCUGCGAAAGUCGUUUCUAUGCUCAAUCCGGGCUCUAGCCACAAGGAACUCGCUUUUAUAAGCCAUGAUUGGAACCCGGGUAUUCACCACAGCGAAGACAGCGAUCCCACUGACAGUCCGCCUCGACAAUCGCGAAAAAUAUUCAAGACGCAGGUCAACGGAAUUGGAUGGUGGAAAUCAAGAUUAACCACCAAACGAUUGGCUUCGAAGCGCACGGGGAACAACAGUGUCAUUGGCUUCCGUCCCCCAUUGUGGCUCSCUGGGKGGAUGUUUGCUUGGGACUUGAAUGUUCGCAGGUCAUACGCUGGCUGGGAUGCGAAUCUUCGCAUAUACUCAAUCAGGCCACGUGGCUUAGAGUGUUUUCAGGCUGUGCAAAGAGGAGAUAUCACUAAGCUUAAGAAGCUGCUGAUGACCAGAGAAAUGACGCCUUUCGAUCGGGACGAUCUCGGCUGGACGCUACUGCAUUAUGCAGCGUCUUGCAUGAAUGGGGAAAUGGUCAAAUUUCUGCUCGAAUUGGAAAUUGAUCCCAACGAGACCAGCGACUCUGGCAUGACCCCUGCAGACCACAUAUUUAAGUGGACGGACUUCUCGACCGUCCCCUCAACGACAAGACUACUCAAGUUUGUCAAUGACAUCAAAAGUACUGGAUUUAUCCCAGAAGUUAGACCUGAUGUUGAGGUCGGGCGACAAGCUUGCAACUGUCCUAUUACGCCAAACUGGGAGCAGUUUCUAGCGAUGCAGCCUCUAGCUUGCCCUAGACACAUACAAACUAGUCUCACAUCCCGACUGACCAAGGCGCGUGCGCUUGUUCCUUCUCCGAGUAAGAUCCAAUAUAUGAUGUUCUUGUUGGGUCCUGAGUGGUACGAUGAUCGACGAAACAUAUGCAAUAUCGUAGAUACUGAAGCGUCCCUAAUACACACGGCAUCGGAUAUUAUGUUUAGGUUAGAGGAGUGUAUGUUUCGAAACCGGUUAUCGGAGGAUGAGUUUCCCAGGUGGCUUUCUUUUGCCAUGGAAGUCAUUCAGAAUUGUCAGGAUCUUCAUGUGCUUGAACGGCGUCAAUCAUGGGAGACGCAAUUUAUGUGUCAUAUACACGAUGAAAGCCGCACAUUUACUCCGCUUGUUCGUAUCAUCUGCAACUACACUAAUAUACACGGCCCAUCCUCUUGUAUGAAAGCCAUUCGAACUUGGAUCCGCAUGCUGAAACAGACGGGCGUCGAUCUCUGUGAGUACGGACAGCGCGAGAACCAGCUACUUCAUGAACAUCAUCUACAGACAAUGAGAGAUUUCGAGUGGUACCUAAAAUUCGAAUAUUCCGGGCGUCGUCCUGAUGGGAUAUGGCGUCUUCUGGGAUUCAAAUUUGGUCCAGACGUGGAAGAUUGGGAUAUAUGGUGGAACGAACCUACAGACGAUUUUACUGGGGACUUCUGGGCACUGGUUGAAGAUCCACCUAUCCAUGUUCCAGGAGAAUGGAUUGAGACGGAACCCUAA